AUGGAAUUGUGUUUGACACUAUCUCUUUUGGUAUCAAGAUUAAUUCAAGUACAAGUAAACGAAGGUAUCUUACAAGGACAAGUUGUUAGUAAUCCAUAUGGAUGUCCCUUCUACAGCUUUAAAGGUAUCCCUUAUGCUGAACCACCAAUCGGAGAUCUAAGAUUUAAGGCCCCUCAACCGAAGACACCAUGGGAGGGAGUACGCAAUGCCACGGAGCAUUCAUCGCACUGCUUUUAUUACGAAUCCUUUACUGAUGUACCCGGCCCACCAACUGGAAGUGAAGAUUGCUUGUAUCUCAACGUGUAUAGCCCAAACAUUACCCCGUCGCAACCAUUCCCGGUCAUGAUUUUCAUUCAUGGAGGUGGAUUCGCCAAUGGCAAUGGUGAUGAAGAUGAAUACGGACCCCAAUUUUUGGUCAGAAAAGAUGUAAUCCUCGUGACUAUAAACUACAGAUUAGAAGUCUUGGGUUAUCUCUCUUUAGACACAGAAGAUAUACCAGGCAAUGCUGGAAUGAAAGAUCAAGUGGCAGCAUUGAGAUGGGUAAAAGAAAACAUUAGAAAAUUUGGUGGUGAUCCUGAUAAUAUUACGAUAUUUGGUGAGAGCGCUGGUGGAGCAAGUGUAUCAUUCCACUUAGUAUCACCCAUGAGCAAAGGUCUCUUCAAACGAGCUAUCACACAAAGUGGUACGCUAACCUCGUGGUGGCCAAACACGUUUGGAGCACGAGACCGAGCUUUGCUACUCGCUAAACAACUCGGAUGUAACUCAACAGACGACAAGGAAAUUUAUGAGUUCUUUAAAGCGCAACCCAAGGAAAAUCUUGUUAAUAUAAAAAUAGCAUUAUCUUAUUGGCAGUAUGGUAAAGAGGCACCAUACGUUUACUUUGGCGUUGUUCCAGAAAAACAGUUUGGUAAUAACGAAAGGUUCUUCUAUGGACAUCCAUACGAGGUACUCAAGAAAGGCAUACACGAGGGAGUUGAGGUCAUGAAUGGUUAUACAGAGGAUGAAGCAAUACUAUAUUUCUCGAUGGGUAUUAAUGCUACUAGAGUUUUUGAUCAGGCCAAUCACUUCUUACAAUUUUUUGUUCCUGAACCAUACAUAACCGACGUUCCGCUGAAAACACAAAUGGAGAUAGGUAGAAAAUUUAAAAAAUUUUAUUUGAAGAACAAAAUUGCUUCCAAGAAGACUUUGGAUGAUUUACUAAAGUAUUUAAAUAUGGAAACUUUUGUAUAUGGAACAAUAAGUCAAGAGAAAAUUAUUGCUAAAAAUAAGAAGAAUAAAAGUUAUUUGUACAAAUUCACGUGCAAAUCUGACGUGAACAUGUUUAUAGAAUAUACAGGGCUACGAGAGCUUUUCAGCUAUAGACCUGUAGUGGCUCAUAGUGACGAUCUCGGUUAUACGUUUCCCUUUAAGGAUGUUGAUAUGAAUUCGACUACAUUUAAAAUGAUUGAACAGGUGACAACCCUGUGGACAAACUUUGCAAAAUACGGUGAUCCAACGCCUGAUGAUAGCUUGGGUGUCAAGUGGCUACCGUACACAAUGGAAAAACAAGACUACUUGGAAAUUGGUGAGAAUUUAGUUCCUGGAAGGUAUCCAGAUAAAGAUGACAUUGAGUUUUGGGAGAACAACUUCAAAGAGUUUUUGCCAGAAUACGUUCCCUGAGAAUCGAGUUCUAUUAAACAUUUAUUACCUACAAGUAUACUUUCGGUAAAAAAUAAUAAAACAUGUUUUGAAUAAAAA